AGGCGUGUAACCAGCCGGAGCGGAGGCGGUAGCGGCAGUACAGCCGUGGCGCCGGGAGCAGCGACCCGGAGGGAGCGCGAGGCGCAGGGAGAAGCUGGCUGCGCGAACCCGGUGACAGCGCGAGAGGUACUAGAUUUUGACAACAACCUUGCACCAUGCAUGAGUAUAAGCUAGUCGUUCUUGGCUCAGGAGGUGUUGGAAAGUCUGCUCUGACUGUGCAGUUUGUUCAAGGAAUUUUUGUUGAAAAAUAUGAUCCAACGAUAGAAGAUUCUUAUAGAAAGCAAGUUGAAGUAGAUGCACAACAGUGUAUGCUUGAAAUCUUGGAUACUGCAGGAACGGAACAAUUUACAGCAAUGAGGGAUUUGUAUAUGAAAAAUGGACAAGGCUUUGCAUUAGUUUAUUCCAUCACUGCACAGUCCACAUUUAAUGAUUUACAAGAUCUGAGAGAACAGAUUCUUCGAGUAAAAGACACCGAUGAUGUUCCAAUGAUUCUGGUUGGUAAUAAAUGUGACUUGGAGGAUGAAAGAGUUGUAGGAAAGGAGCAAGGUCAAAAUCUAGCAAGACAAUGGAACAACUGUGCAUUCUUAGAAUCUUCUGCAAAAUCAAAAAUAAAUGUUAAUGAGAUCUUUUAUGACCUAGUACGGCAAAUUAACAGAAAAACCCCAGUGCCUGGGAAGGCCCGCAAAAAAGACAUCAUGUCAGCUGCUUUAAUGUACUAAAUGCAUUGUAGCUCUGAGCCAGGUCUGAAGAACUGUUGCCCAAUUCAACAGUGCCAGCAUUCCAACUUUGUUAAACCUACCAACAUCUUAAAUGGACUUUCCUGUGGUGGUACCCUUUAAGAGGCGGAUGAAAGCUACUACAUCAGUUUGCAUAUUCUAAUCACUUUCCAGUAUCACAAGAGAGAUUUUUACUUAUAUGAUAGUCCUAGAGUAUGCAGCUGGUAAAACCAGAGGCUACAUCCAGUAUUACUGCUUAAGAGACAUUCUUCAUCCACCAAUGUUGUACAUGUAUGAAAAUGGUGUACUGUAGACUUUAACACACCCCAUAAACUUUGUAUUGGAGAGUACAAUAAUG